GGAUUUGGGACAUCCUGGGUCUCCUGGCGCCUGAGGUGCAAGAUGUGUUAGUGGUGGUCGGUCCGAGCUGAGGUGGCCAGGCGGAUUGGUGGCGGUCAGUAGUGAGUUCACGGCGAGCGGCACACGGAUUGGCAAGGCCAGUUGGAACGAAGAUAAAAGGCCAUCACGGGAAAAGCCUGAACCAUUUACUGAAAAGGUUUCCCAGGGCACUCAGCCUAGUACAAUGUUUGAUUUCCUGGGUCAGAGAUGGAGCAUGUGCGGAUUGCUCUUUGCCUGGGUUCUGCUGAAUUCUUUCAGUCACGUCACAGGCAACUGCACCUCAGAAGUGGGGUCCUCUCUGAACGGGACUCAGGGAGAUGAUGUUCAGUUCCACCUAGGCCCAAAACCAGGAAAUGACACCUGGCUGAUUACAUGGUAUAUGGAAUCUAAGAAUCUGGUCCUACUCACCAUCUCUCCAGGGGAGAGCAGGCAAAGCUGGAUCAAUCCCAAGAAGGAAUAUGAGGGGAGGCUGUCUGUUGCCAGUGAUGGGUCCCUGAUAUUAAAGAAUGUGAACUCUGAAGACAGUGGAUUGUAUGAAGCUCACAUCAAAUCAGUCUCAGGAGAGAUAUGUAUUCAGAAGUUCAAUUUAACUGUCUUUGGGAGUAUGAGUACAGAGUCUAACAUGAACCCAUGGAGUUGGUCACUCAUCGUCCCCAUCCCGGUCAUGACUGGUGUAUUAUUGGUGGUCCUGAUAGUAGUAUGUGUCUAUAUACAAAAACGAUGGAAUUGCCUUAACACAAUAAAAGCCAUCCACAGAAGGAGAAGAAGCAUACCUCCAGAACUGAACCAUAUGGAGGAGAAAAGACCAGAGGAGAAAUGUGCACUUGUCCAGAUGACUUCCCUUUCAGAUCAAGAAACACAGACGAGGACACAUGGUAGAGCCUUGACAGCUCCAACCAUAGAAGACAAUGAAGGAGUAAUGCUGGCCAGAGUCUGCACCGCACAGGAGAGCAGCUGAGAGCAGCCCCGACAGCAGCAGCCCAACGACAUGGACCAAAGACAUUUCCCCGGAACUGUUGGAAGCCUGAGUGUGUGCUUCUCCAUAAGUGUCCAUGCUUCCCACUGAUGUUGGUGACAAACUCUGCCUCAGGUUUCUAAGGGAAAUGUCCUCUCUUUACUGACCUCUGGGAUGGCAUUCUGCACAUUAUCCUCAUUCUCUCUUCUCCUACCAGAACGCCAUCCGCUCAAUGCUGAUCCCUAAUGAAUGAGCUUCCCUUUUUCUUGUCCAGAACCAGGGCUCCAGGCCAUUUCUGACCAGCACUGCACCAGGCCACAGAGCACUUCCUCUACCCCAUUCUAAUUCUUCUUCGUGUAUUGUCUUCUGCCAUUCACAUCUAAGUUUCCUGAGAACAAUGUGAAUACCAAGAUAGACCAUGGUAUCCCAAAGACUUCAGGUCAAAUAGUGCCUCAUCACUUAAUAGCUGUGUGA